AUAGUAAGCGUGGCUUACUUGGUGAAGGGCCCCGUUGGUUAGGCUUGGUGCACAAGCCCAGUCUGACUUCUGAUACUUGGAGCCCACCUCCUGAACCUAAUUGCUGCUAUGCCAUCAUAUGAAAUGCGGUGUUCAUGUAGUUCAAGUUCAAAGCAUUGCCGUUGAAGUUUUGCUGCGCCUUGAUGCUUUUCAGUUGCAAGGCGCUGCAAUGGCCCAAGAGACGAGCGCGACAAGCGCGCCCAAAAUUGCCGAUGUUCAAGGAUGGCGUCUGGCCCUCUUGCUAAUUGGGUUUGCAACUGUGACGGUUAUUUUGGAAAGGUCCUUUGAGGGGCUUCAUAAGCUGUUAAAGAGCCGUCACGGCUUGUCAACGGCGCUAAGUCACGUGAAGAACGAAUUGCUCUUCGUGGGCUCCAUCUCCCUGCUUCUCAGCGCCUUCCAAAACGACCUUGCCAAGAUCUGCAUUCCCAAGAACCUUGGUGAAGCCUACCUGUCUCCAGUCGAUCAUGCCCGGCGCCUUCUGGCGACUGGUCGGCAGCUCCUUGCGGGCGGUAACGUCAACUACUGUGGGGACUCCAAGGAGAGCUUGUGGCCGGUGUCUCUCCAACACGACGCCCAUAUCUUCAUCUUUGUGGUUGCAUGCACCCACAUCGUGUACGGCACCAUCACCGUCUACACGACGCUAUUCCGGGUCAAGACGUGGCGCAAAUGGGAGCUAGAGGCGCAAGCGCAGCGACGUGAAUACGGCGAUGUCAAUGUAAUGCAGGUGUCUGCGAAGUGGCUAUACUGGAACGUGGGCAGCAACCCCGUAGCACACUGGUUGCUGAUGUUCGUACGACAGUGGCACAUCUCAGUGGAUCAAACGCUGUACCACAAUGCGCGGCUCGUGUUUAUUGAAAAGAUGAGACUGUCGUAUGACUUCGACUUCCACGCCCUGGUCGUUCGAAGCCUGGAGAUGGAGCUCAUGCGCACGCUGCGCCCCGAAUGGCACAUGUGGUUGAUCGCAGUGGUGUGGUAUGCCGUACCGCCGCCAGCCUACAUCAGCUUUUGGAUGUACGGCAUAGCGUUGGUAGUGCUGCUGGCGAUAGGCAGCAAGCUGGUAGACAUCCUGAUGCACAUUUCCGUACAGCUUGCCAUCAAGUACCGAGGCAGUGUGUUGUACGGCCGCAUGGACGAUGACCCGCUCGCCUCCCGCGCCUUCCAGUCCCUGGGCCGUUCCUCGCUGCGGGAGAACCCUACCCCGCAGCGCCGGGAGGAGCUAAGUCGCGUGCGGAAAGCGCUGGUUGGAGGGGCUGCAGGCAGACGUGACGGAGCGGCGGCAGCGGCGGGAACAGCAGCAGCAGGAGAGGCUCUUGGUUUGCGACGAGCGCGUGCGGAUCUGGUGUUACGGCAGCUGUCGUCUCGGGAGGAGGCGGUGCAGAUGUUGCGGUCGUGGGCUUCGGAGCGGAGCGGGGCGGCAGGGGAC